GCCCCCGCCCCGCCCCAGUCCCUGGAAUUCGCUUCGCUGAAGAGCCGGGAAAGGGACUCCUCCUCCAGACCGCCUUUCCAAGAGGGGAAUAAAAGCUGCUUUGUGGCAAUGUUAGAUCCUUUGGAGAACAACCUGUUUGAUCUCCCUGAUUACGAGAACACCGAGGACGAAACAUUCCCACCUCUCCCACCUCCUGCCUCUCCUGGAAGAGACGAUGCUGAGUGGGCUCAGGCUCAUGCAGAUGAGAAGCAGCAGACACAAAGCAAGGACUCUGCUGUGGUCCCACGGAAUGCUCUUAAAAGACCAAGGCCCAAACUGGAUGCCCAGAGGUUAACCUCAGACAGGGGACUGCCAGCCCUGAGACACAUCUUUGACAACGUCAAGUUCAAGGGCAAAGGGCACGAGGCAGAGGACCUGAAGACACUCAUACAGCAUAUGGAGCACUGGGCACACAGACUGUUCCCACAGCUGCAGUUUGAGGAUUUCAUUGACAGAGUGGAGAGUCUGGGAAACAAAAAGGAAGUGCAGACCUGCCUAAAGAGGAUUAGACUUGAUCUUCCUAUUUUACAUGAAGACUACAAAAAUAAUGAAGAAGGAGAAGAGGAAAGCAAUGGACUGGAUGCAGCUGCUGCAGAUGCACAUUCCAGCUCUGGGAAUGCAGAAGAACUGCAAUGCCUGCCUGGCACAGCUCUCACAGAGGAGCAGCAGGAGCGGAUGAAGAAGAACAGGCAGCUGGCACUGGAGAGGAGGCAGGCGAGGCUGCAGGGGCUCAGCCAGGCCCAGCCCAGCCAGGCCCAGCCCAGCCAGGCCCAGCCCAGCGAGCUGCCCCCCAGUUCCUCAGGAGAGGAGCUGCUCACUCAGGAUCCCACUGACCUCACUGAAGAUGCUCCAGUUCCUGCAGCUGCUCUUACAGAGGAUGGAGAUGGAGCGUUGGGAUGUGCCAGGGAAGAGCAGUAGCUGUUCCCACACUCUGGAUGCCUUUUUGACCCACAGACCCUCGUGGUUGAAGUCCUGUCAUUAAACUGAGGUGUUGCUGGCUCGCUGCAUCCACGAGCUCCAGGGCCUUCCUCACCGUGGCACUGCUGGGCUGGGGCAGAGCUCUCCCUGCAAGCUGCAGAUGAGCAGCUCCACACACCAGGAACCACAACAGACUUCUCCAGCUGCACUUAAACCAUCUUUUCCACCUCCCACGACAUUUUUAGGAUAUAUUGAGGUUUUUUACUUACUUUGAAUUUAGUUUAUAAUUUAUGCCAAACUGAAUUACCUCGUAUGUUGACAGGUGAAUUUCUAUUAAAGUUGUGCUGCUUGGGGUUUUUUAACAGCUCUGUUUGGGUCUGAACAGGGGGACUGGAAUUUUUGAACAUGUUUAUGCAGACCUGCAUCUUUUUCUUAUAAAAUUAAAGUUAUUAAAUUUCAGAAGUCAAA